AUGAGCAUUGGGGAACUUCUCGCUGGCACACUCUCUCCUGAUCAAAAUGUCCGCGAUAAUGCGGAAAAGCAACUGAGUGAAGCCGCUCUCUCGGACUAUCCCACUUACGUGUCUUUACUUGCUAGUGAGCUGGCUAACGAGCAGUCUCAAUCGUUCAUUCGCAAUGCCGCUGGUUUGGCGUUAAAGAAUUCCCUCACAUCAUCAGAAAGCCAGAAAAAAUUAGAGAUUACUCAACGAUGGCUAAGCAUUGACGAAUCGCUAAGGCAGAACGUGAAGCAACUGGUGUUAGUGACAUUAUCGUCUUCAGACCAACGUGCAGCAUCAACUGCCGCUCAAGUCACUGCCGCUAUUGCUGCUAUAGAGCUACCAAAUAAUCAAUGGGAUGAUCUCAUGAAGAUUCUGCUUAACAACGUUACAAACACGGAAAACAGUCAACUCAAGCAGGCCGCUUUGACAGCUAUUGGUUAUGUUUGUGAACAAAUAGAUCCCGAGAUAUUGACAAGUCAAUCUGGAGCAAUUUUGACAGCUGUUGCUCAAGGAGCGAGAAAGGAAGAGCCAAGUCAAGAAGUCAGACGUGCCGCUGUAAAUGCACUUUAUAAUUCACUUGAAUUUAUCCGUGAUCAUUUCGAGAGAGAGGGCGAACGUAAUUAUAUCAUGCAGGUCGUUUGUGAAGCUACUCAAAGCACCGAUGUGAACGUGAUGGUGGCGGCAUUUGAAUGUUUGGUGCGGAUUAUGCAAUUAUAUUACGACAAAAUGAGUUAUUACGUAGAGAAGGCUUUAUUUGGGUUAACAAUUGCUGGCAUGAAGCAUGAGGAUGAGAAAGUGGCACUCCAAGCUGUUGAAUUCUGGUCUACUGUCUGUGAUGAAGAGUUGGAAUUAGCAUCUGAAGCCAUAGAGGCAGCGGAAACAGGAGUUCAGCCUGAACAUGUUAUCCAUAACUUUGCAAAAAAAGCGCUACCAGAAAUUUUGCCAGUGCUACUUUGGCUUCUUACCAAACAAGAUGAGAAUGCAGACGAGGACGAUUGGAAUGUUGCGAUGGCUGCUGGCACAUGCUUAGCAUUAUUGGCUCAAUGUGUCGAGGAUGCUAUUGUAGUGCCGGUGGUUUCCUUUGUUGAUUCUCGCAUUCGUGAUGAAGACUGGAGAAGUCGUGAGGCUGCAGUAAUGGCGUUUGGUUCGAUACUGGAGGGACCUGACCAAAAAAUGCUAUCUAAUCUAGUGAAUCAAGCCCUCCCUGUUUUGAUCGAAAUGAUGAAAGAUUCCUCACCACAAGUCAAAGAUACUACUGCUUGGACUCUCGGACGUGUUUCCGAGCUGCUCAUUGAAUGCAUUAAGCCAGAAGUUCAUUUGCAUCCCUUAAUUACAGCCCUUGUGUAUGGACUAAAAGAUUCACCACGCAUUGUCUCCAACUGUUGUUGGGCGUUGAUGAGUUUGUCUGACCAGCUGGGAAACAGAGACGUUGUACCUCCUACUUACCCUUUAUCGGGAUAUUUUGAAGGCAUCAUUAAUGCCUUAUUGACAACGAGCGAUAGGUCAAGUAAUGAAUCUAAUUCACGAACUUCAGCAUACGAGUGCAUUUCCAGUUUCGUUGCUGGUGCGGCAUUGGAUUGCUUCCCAUCAAUUCAUAAACUCACCGUGACCAUCUUGGAGAGGCUUGAACUUAGCAUCCAACAACAGAAUCAAGUCGUCGGUAACGAUGAUCGUCUAGCACUAGCAGAAUUUCAGUCAAAUAUUUGCAGUAGCAUCAUUCGUAAACUCAGAAGCGAGAUCACUCCAUUCGCUGACAGAAUUAUGACAAAUCUGUUGGCUAUGUUCUCACAUAGUAACAAGACGGCAACUACUAUGGAAGAUGGCUUCUUGGCCGUAGGAGCAUUAACAACAGCUCUCGAAGGAGAUUUUAUUCGUUAUUUACAAGCCUUCGCACAAUUCCUCUACCUUGGUCUCCAGAAUCACGAGGAACAUCAGUUAUGCGCUAUUUCUGUCGGGCUUAUUGGGGAUAUUUGUCGCGCUCUCCAAGAGCAGGCGGUACCGUAUUGCAAUACUUUUAUGAACAUGCUACUACAAGAUCUCCAGAGCCAAGUACUUCACAGAAAUGUCAAGCCAGCAAUUCUAUCGUGUUUCGGGGAUAUCGCAUUGGCAAUAGGCGGGAAUUUCGAUACGUACUUGGAAGUCGUUAUGUUAGUACUUCAGCAAGCAAGCAACAUGAGAGCUGCUGAUCAACGUAAUUAUGAAAUGAUUGAUUAUGUCUUGGCACUGAGAGAAGGUAUCUUAGAAGCAUACGUAGGAAUCGUACAAGGUUUGAAAACGGGAGAGAAAGCCGAAGCAUUAACGCCAUACGUGAACCAGGUUUUCAUUUUUAUGCAAACUGUAUGGAACGAUCCUGAUAAAACUGAAAAUAGUAUUCGCAGCAUGGUUGGACUUCUUGGUGAUUUGGCGGAAGCAUUCCCCAGUGGUCAAAUCAGAAUGUUCUUAUUGCAAGAUUGGGUCACAGCUGUACUAAAGGAAGCCAGAACAAACCGCGAAAUGCCACCGGGCACAAAAGAAGUAACGCGAUGGGCAAAAGCAAUGAUCAGACGAGCCACCACCCAAUAG